AUGUCAUUCGUCACUCGGGCAGGCUGUGAAGGACUCAGUGAACAUUCUUUAUGGUUCUUGCCGAGCCGCCAACUGGAUUGGGCAUCGCCUACGUUUCUGAGGCGAGGGCUGACUUGCAAUGCCAAGUCAUCACUUAUCCAAAGGAGACCUAUCGCUUUUUCUUCUUCGUUAUCUGUGCCGUGUGCUUUUGCCUCACCAGUCAUAUGGACCUCUUGCCAACUUCCCACUUGGCAGAGAAGCAUGAGCAAGGUGAAGGAGCUGUCAGAUGACGUCGUGACUGUCCUGCAAACUACCGAACCGCCGACUGGUGGCUGUCAAACACUAAGACAGCCCAGACAGAUGGUGGGAAGAAGUUUUCACGUGCCUGUUAUAAGCUACUGCAGGUUUUUCAUGGUUGAUGCAGUCUGCCAUCGGGGCUACGGGCUGCAUGUGAGAGUCGGCGCGAUGGUACCUGACGGUUACAACGGCACCGAACUAAAGAAUCCUGCUCCAACGGCCAGCCCCAGUUGA